AUGUCACUGGAAGAAAGCAUGGAACGGUUUUGGAAAAUUGAAUCUUUGGUAAUGAAAGAUGGAUACUCACCCGAAGAACGCAGAUGUGAACAGCUAUUUCAGACAACCACGACGAGAGAUAAGGAUGGUCGGUACAUCGUCCGUUUGCCGCGUCAUCCUGACUUUGGGGUACGAUUAGGUGCAUCCAAAACAAGUGCAAAACGUCGAUUCGAGCUGUUGGAGAAACGUUUCGUUAGAAAUGCCAAACUGAAGGAAGAGUAUCACGCAUUUAUGAAGGAGUACUACGAGUUGGGGCAUAUGCGUUUGGUCCGCGAUGAGCUGCCGGAGCCAGUUGAGUCGUACUAUCUGCCCCACCAUCCCGUGUUCAAAGAGUCGAGCACUACAACGAAAAUCAGAGUCGUGUUUGAUGGCUCUUCGAAAACUACAAGCGGUUAUUCCCUUAAUGAGGCUCUCUGUGUGGGACCAGUGGUGCAGGACGAGCUGCUUGAUCAACUUUUGCGUUUUCGCACCUACAGAGUGUCUUUGGUAGGCGACAUAGCAAAGAUGUACCGGCAGAUAUUGCUUCAUCCUGAUGAUCGUCAAUUAGUGCGAAUCUUCUUUCGAUUUUCGACGCAGCAACCAGUCCGGAUUUAUGAGCUGAAUACGGUUACCUAUGGACUGGCACCAUCAUCGUUCCUUGCUACGCGUGCUCUGAUUCAGCUGGCGGAUGAUGAGGGUGGCGCAUACCCACGAGCGGGUCCGGCUUUGCGAAAGAACUUCUACGUAGACGAUUUCAUCGGAGGAGCGAACUCGGUAGAAGAGGCUACGUUGCUACGAGAUGAGUUAGCUGAGUUACUACUUAAAGGCGGAUUUGAGCUACGCAAAUGGACCUCUAAUUGUCCUGAUGUUCUGCGCGGACUCGAUGAGUCGCAAAUUGGAACAACUUCCAAGAUGAGCUUCGCUUCCCAUGAAGCCGUGAAGACACUUGGGAUCAGUUGGGUUCCACAAGAAGAUUGGUUGCUAUUUGAAGGAUUGUGUCAACCAGAUACCGAUAUCAUCACAAAGCGAUCUGUACUUUCCACCAUCGCUAAAAUGUAUGAUCCGCUGGGAAUGAUAGCUCCGAUAGUCAUUCGGGCAAAGAUGAUAAUGCAGGAAAUAUGGACGUACUCGUGUGAUUGGGAUGAUGCCCUGCCAGCAGGCAUCGUUAGUAAGUGGAAGCAGCUUCAACAGGAGAUCCAAUCCCUUUCACAGUACCGUAUGGAAAGAUACCUUAUGGUGCAUGCACGUAUGUACGGUGUGAAGAGCCGGGACGAGUUCGGGUGA